GUGACUCCUCUCUCUCUUGGUCUUGAAACCGCAGGUGGAGUUAUGACCACCUUGAUCCAGAGAAACACUACAAUCCCGACCAAAAAGGAGCAGGUCUUCUCCACCUACUCUGACAACCAGCCAGGCGUGUUGAUUCAGGUCUACGAAGGUGAGAGAGCUAGAACAAAAGACAACAACCUCCUUGGAAAGUUUGAGCUCUCCGGCAUCCCUCCUGCUCCACGUGGUGUCCCUCAGAUCACAGUCUGUUUCGACAUUGACGCCAACGGCAUACUCAACGUCUCUGCGGAGGACAAGACCACAGGCCAGAAGAACAAGAUCACCAUCACCAACGACAAGGGUCGUUUGUCUAAGGACGAGAUCGAGAAGAUGGUGCAAGAAGCUGAGAAGUACAAGUCUGAGGAUGAGGAGCACAAGAAGAAGGGCGAGGCCAAAAAUGCUCUCGAGAACUAUGCGUACAACAUGAGAAACACCAUCCGUGAUGACAAGAUAGGUGAGAAACUGCCUGCUGCAGACAAGAAGAAGAUUGAAGACUCGGUUGAGGAAGCAAUCCAAUGGCUUGAUGGUAACCAGUUGGCUGAAGCAGAAGAGUUUGAAGACAAGAUGAAAGAGUUGGAGGGUGUGUGCAACCCCAUCAUUGCUAAGAUGUAUCAAGGAGCUGGUGGUGAAGCAGGUGGUCCUGCUGAUGAUGAUGAAGCUCCUCCUGCUGCUGGAGGUGCUGGUCCCAAGAUUGAGGAAGUCGACUAAACUGGUUCUUUUAGAUUUGUGUUCCCUUCUCAAUUUUAUUGUUGUUUGGUUUAGUGUUUUUUUUUAGUUGAGUUGCUGUUUCGAACUCGACGAUUGCAGAAAAUUUUAUUUUGAUUGGUCUCUCUGUUUCUGUGGUUCCAAUUGCUUGGCUUUGCAUUUAUGUCUUAUGACGUUCUCUGUCUUUCAAA